UUUGCAAAUUUCCUUUUAAAAGACACUUGUGAUUUUUAAAUCCCAUCAGAGUUUUUAUUAAAUAAUAUUUUUAAAAGAUUGUGAGAAAAAAAGUGUAUAUCUCACUCGCGGUACUAAUUUAAAUGAACACUCUUAAUUAGUGGAAUUUUAAGCAACCGAUUUUAAAGAUUUUGCUAUUGUCAACUGUGUUCUCUGAUAUAGACUCUAAAAAGAACAACAACGAGCUGCAGAUAGUUUUUUAUACGUUUAUAAAUUAAAAAGAAAAAAAAACCGAAAAGCAAGCGAAUCUUCGACAAUGGGCGGAUGUACUUCCAAGGAUACAGCUUCGGCUGAUGAUAAAGGAAGCAAUAUGGUAGAUCAAGCAGUACUCGAUAAAUUGGAAGCUGGUUUUUCCAAGCUUGCUGCUUCAGAUAGUAAAUCAUUGCUGAAGAAGUAUCUAACAAAGGAGGUUUUUGAUCAACUAAAAACAAAGAAAACUUCAUUUGGUUCUUCUCUUUUGGAUGUGAUUCAAUCUGGUGUUGAAAAUCCUGAUUCAGGAGUUGGUAUUUAUGCACCUGAUGCUGAAUCUUAUACUCUUUUUGCCGAUCUCUUUGAUCCAAUAAUCGAAGAUUAUCAUGGUGGAUUUAAAAAAACUGACAAACAUCCACCAAAAGAUUUUGGUGAUGUUGAUACACUUGGAAAUUUGGACCCCACUGGUGAAUUUAUUGUGUCUACUCGCGUAAGAUGCGGACGUUCAUUGGAAGGAUAUCCUUUUAAUCCCUGUUUGACUGAGGCACAAUAUAAAGAAAUGGAGGAAAAAGUCUCUAGUACUCUUUCGGGACUUGAAAAUGAAUUGAAAGGAACAUUCUAUCCAUUGACAGGAAUGAGUAAAGAUGUUCAGCAAAAAUUAAUCGAUGAUCAUUUUCUUUUUAAAGAAGGUGAUCGUUUCCUUCAAGCUGCCAAUGCUUGCAGAUUUUGGCCAACUGGUCGUGGUAUCUAUCACAAUGAUGCUAAGACUUUCCUUGUUUGGUGCAACGAAGAAGAUCAUCUUAGAAUUAUCUCAAUGCAAAUGGGAGGUGAUCUUGGACAGGUGUAUCGUCGUUUGGUAACUGCAGUGAAUGAUAUUGAAAAGCGAUUACCAUUCUCUCACAAUGAUCGUCUAGGCUUUUUAACUUUCUGUCCAACUAACUUGGGAACGACAGUUCGUGCAUCGGUGCACAUUAAAGUACCAAAAUUGGCAGCAAAUAAAGCAAAGUUGGAGGAAGUCGCAUCGAAGUUUAACCUUCAAGUUCGCGGAACACGUGGUGAACAUACUGAGGCUGAAGGUGGCAUUUAUGACAUCUCCAAUAAACGGCGACUUGGUCUUACUGAAUAUCAAGCUGUCAAGGAAAUGCAUGAUGGCAUUGCUGAGCUUAUCAAAAUAGAAAAAGAAUUAUAAAAAAAAAACAAUUCAGAUCCUACCUCUUUUUUUCAUUAAUUAUUAAUACUCUUCGUUACUUUAGUCCUAAUGCAAUUCCCAAAGCAAGAAUACAUUUACUGUUAUAAUUACUGUAUGUUAAUUAUUCAAUUAUCUUUAACAUAUUAUUUUUCAACUGGAUCAAAAAAAAAGAAAUUGAUAGUUAAUAAAAUCGUAUAGUAAAAUA